GAAAAAUAAAAAUAAAUGGGAGAAUUAAGGUCCGGAAACAAUGGCUUGUGUCAAACCGGUCCGUGUUUCACUGGGGACAUCAUUGAAUGAAACACACAACACCAGCCUUCACCGGAUCAGCAUGUCAUCUGAGGAGGAGGAGGCUUCCCAUCGUCCUUCUUCAGUGUCAUCUCUCUCUGACUCGCCGUGUUCAUCUCCUCCCAAUUUGCACUAUGUUGGAAAGAAGGAAGAAAUUGUCAAGGCUGGGCGACUGACCAAGCUGUUAAACGGAUGUAGAGAUGUGCUCAUCUUGUACCACGAUAGACAGCUUUAUGCAAUGGACAAGCGGUGUUAUCACUCUGGUGGUGAAUUGCAGCAUGGAGACAUCGAGGAGUUUAAUGGACGGCUGUGCAUAGUGUGCCCAUGGCACAGUUACAAGAUCACCCUGGCAGAAGGGGAAGGGCUUUACCAGGCAGUGGAUGAUCCUACCAAAAAGCCACCGAGGACUCACUGGCGUUCCAAAGGCGUCAAACAAAGGAUUCAUAAAGUCACAGAAAUCAAUGGGGAUGUAUUUGUAACACUGAAUAAGUCUUGUGAGGCCAUUGAAUCUGACUUUUAUCAGACUGAAAAAUACAGGCCUGUUACACUGAAAGGACAACCGGUACCCAAAAAACAAUAAAAAAAAAUGUUUUCACUGUCUAACUAAAGAUACUUUAAUUGUUCUUGUGCUAAUCAGGUAGCUUUGUUUAUUUUUUUUUUUACUUUCCCUUUUUAGAAGUGUCUUUGUAAAUGCUUUGUCUGCUGUAAAUCCUCUUUUUUUUACUAUCACUGAUUAUUGUAAAGAACCCUAAACAUGUCUAGGAUAAAAAAGAUAGAUCCUUAUCCAUCCAUAGUUCCUACGAAGUUUGAUUGAGUUUGUGUUUAACGUUAUUUUAAUAUGCAAAUCUGUCUGUUCUUUUAACAAUAUGUUUUUUUAUUGUACAAAUUUGACUCUUUAUUUUUGUACUUACAGCAUAACGGUGCCAGUAAUCCUGACAGCUGUGUUACAUAAAAUAAUAAUCACAGAAUAUGUUUGUCAUUGUUAGUCGUCAAAAACUUGAAUUGAAAAAUUCACAAUAAAUGCUUUAAAAAGUCACAAAAAUUUCAACUACUACAUAACCUCUACCAUCUUCAGCAUUUAUAUUAAAAGCAGGAACCAGUUAUUGCAAAGUUUUAAGCUUCCAAUGUUGUGAUCACCAAGGAAUGCUAAAAAGAUCUGCUGACUUAUGGGAAAAUGCAAUUUUUACAAUCUGGCCUGGUUUAGAAAAGUCAUAUUAUCACAAGAUUAUUUGCGUCAGCGUAAUUAAAGUUUCAAUGUUCAUCUAAAAUACAUUUUGCUGCUCAAGCAAGCAGA